CUGCAACAGUGAUUAUGCGUCACGUGUUAACUUUAUUUUCCCACUUUUUUUUUAUCAGUAGCUGUAAUGGCACAAGCAUAUGAUCUGGACAAACAGCCUUCACCUCAAGAAGCAGAAUACCUCGUCAAGAGGCUUUCUUCUGGCUUUAGUCUAUCAGAAUAUACAAAUCAACCACUGACACCUAUGGAUGACAAAUCCUUAAAAAUCACUACAUUCUCUCUUCAGCGAUACUUGAAAGAAAAGGAUUUUGCAACUGAAUUUCUGGAAAGAGGAGGUCUUGCUUCUUUAUGCGAAAUCAUUCGAAACUCAAGUGGAAACACUUUAGCUUAUGCUCUCAACUCAUUUCUUUCCUUAAUGGAGCAUAACUCUGGCUGGGAAACACUCGAUGACGACUUCGUUGCCAUCAUCACUCAUAUUGUAGUCACUCAACCUUUAUCGACAAUCGCACGUCCUGCCAUAGCUAUUCUCGAAAAACUCGUAUGUGCCAACAAAAAUACAGAAGGAGAAACAAAACCAGCCAUCGACUGCUUCGGAUACCCUACAAUUCACAGAGCAAUGCAAAGGGAGCCUGACUUGAUAAAGACACUUGUCGAGCGAUUGUUAAGUCCAGAAUACUUGUUAUCAACAGCAAGCUUAUCUCUACUGAUAGCCAUGUUAAGGCACGUCACAGAUGAGUAUCGAAGUGAGCUGUCAAAUACUUUUGAAAAAUCCAAUUUAAAAAAGAAUGUCUUGAGGUUGAUGAAGAAUCAUCCUACGGAUGCAUUAAAGCUCAUGAUACUAGAUUACCAAACUGUAUAUCUUCAAAAUAUCAAUAAGCGACAUAAUGUGGCGGUUUCAACAUAUAAUGCUUAUCAUGUCAGUAUGUUAAAGGAUAUAUGGAAUGCUGCCAAAGUGGAUGGCAUAGCUGUACCUGGACUCAAGAAAUGGAAAAAGAUUGGAUUUUCGUCUGAAGUUCCCCAAAGAGAAUUUGGAAGAACUGGUGUAUUUGGCCUUGAGGAAAUGCAUUCUUUUGUAAUGAAUAAUCAGGGUUUAUUUUCAAAACUAAUUUUGGAACAAAUUCAUAGGCCAGACGGAAAAAGAUGUCCCUUUGCAAAGGCCAGUAUUGAAGUGACUGAUCUAUUAUGUAGCCACUGGAACGUGAGUUCUUCCAAUACACCAGCUGUGUUUCAACCGCUUAUACUCGAAUUUGACCAUGUUCAUGCUACCACACUACAAACCUUUUUCAGAAUUUUUCAUGACAUGGAAGCUUCCACUUAUGAUUUUUCCAAAGUAUCAGCACUCGUACGCAGUCAGCUUCGAUCCACACUUAAUAACGAUGCAGUAAAAGAUGUCCAAGAGUUUGACAGGAGUAUGUUUGGUACACCUUAUCAAGUGAUCCGUGACCGUCGAUUGAAGGAAUUGGAGUGGGCAGAUGAUCUAUUAGGAAGAGAUGCGAUAAGUAAUUUACGUUCACGACUUUCUAAACAAUCCUACGAAUUUUUGAAAAAGCAGCGAAUAAGCUGCUUACUUGAAGGUGCAUGGUUUCCUAGUCCGCUUGCUACUCCCAGAAUGUCAGUGAUAGUGAGUAAUAAUAAUCCUUUACUAUCCACUCCAUCUUCUGGGUCAACAUCAUCAAAUAAUGCACUCGGUAUGAAUGCACCAUCAACAGCAUCAGGGAAAAAAUGGAGAUACUAUAAACUUAGUGCUUCUAAAAAAUGCAUCAUGUAUGGUGACUUUUCAGAGCGAAUUGCGCCUGUCUUGCGAAACUAUGACAAAUUACCUCACCGUAUAGACCUUAGCGCAGUGCAUGAAAUAAGGCCGAUAAGGAAGUUCUCAUCAGCUGGGUUCUCUCACAAUACAACCGCAGCUUCCUCAAUAACAGGGUCAUCUAUCGAUCUGCUAAAUGGUAGUAGUCUAAAUGGUAGUAGUAGUAAUACAAAUCUAUCCUUUGCAUUAUACAAUGACAAAAAUCUGCCACUAGCUGAAUUCCAUUGCUCUUCAGCAAAAGAAGCAGCGGAAUGGAAGGAUGGCUUUAGUAUGCUACUGGACAAUCGAUUCAUAAGUAAAGAGACAGCCGAACUUUUCCAUACUUUAACUGAAGUAGGCGUCAAGGUAAAGCUACUUCAGAUAGCAGGCGACAGAGUAGAGAUCCCACAUGGCGCAGUGGAAAUUCCACCUGUUCCUCCUGGGCUAGGAUCAGGAUUUUUCUAUGAUGCCAUUGAAUCCUGAAUAAAACAAGAAUUGUCACUUCUCUUUCCGUUUUUUAUAGUCGAGUGUUUUUACCACAUACUUGGCUGAUUACACACGACAUGACAUCAGCAGGCUAUUGUCUCCUAGAGGGUACAUUAAAGAGAAUGCUUAUCAAUAGUCUAUCAGUAAUACACCUCCCCCCUCCCUUCAUGGUUGAUAGAACAUACUAUUUCCUCAUCAAUGAAAAAUGAAUCUAUUUAGGGUUAUUGAUCAAAAAGGGGUCUAAGCAAAUAGGCGCC